CUUUCUCCAGCGGCCACUCUGCAUCGACGGACAGACUUUUUCUCCGGUGAAUUCUCUCCGGCAGACUCCCUCCGGCAACCUGAAAAAUGUACCAGUGCGUUAAAAAGUGUACCAAUCCAUUAGUCUACUGGUAAUUAAUAUACCAGUGCUAGUGGUACGCUACCAGUGCGUUAAAAAUGUACCAGUGCUAGUGGUACGCUACCAUUACAGCGCUACCACUACCAUAUUGUAUCGUACCACUAGCAUUGGUAGCGGUACCAGUAGAGAAUAACACAAAAAAAAAACAGAUGAUAGUGGUACCAGAUGAUAGUGGUACGCUACCACUACCAGCUACCUUAUGGUAGUGGUAGGUACCACUAUCACUGGUACGCUACCAGAAGAAAAAUGGUACCACUAAAAAACCAGAUCUAGAAAAGGGGAGUCGGUGACGGGAGAGAGAGGUAGGGGAAGAGGGCGACCUCGCGACGAUGGCAGUGGUGGGGGACGAAGGGCGGCGAGAGGGCUCCGACGGGGAGAGGAUGAUUGUGCCGCGGUGGUGGGAGGCUGACGUUGCGACGGGCCGGCGGGAGAGAUUUGGAACAACAGGGUGUGGAGGGAGGCUGAGAAUGGCGGAGACGACGACGGUGGAAGGCUCGACAGGCGGCUGCUGGAGACAGCGGCGCCGACGCCGACGGUGGAGGGUUGUGGCGGCGGAGGGCUCUGCGAGAGAGAGGGAGGAGAGACGGUGAUGGCUACGGGAGAGAGGGAAGAGAGAGGGAGGAUGGAGGAGUUAGGGGUUUUUUUUCUUUUUAUAUGGUAGGGUGAAUGAUUGGGUGUGGUAAAUUUUUACCCUUCCAAAAAUACCCUUCCUUUAAUCUUAACCGUUAAUUUAGAAAAAGAAGAAAGAGACAGGAGAGAGAGCAUAUCCAAGGGCUAUGAAGUGGGUUGUGAAUCUGACAACCCCCUUAAGGGGUUGUCACCGUAUCCCAUCCCGGGACAGAAUACUACUGCUUCCCCGAAGGAAUAUAUAAAUACUUAUAGAUCCUCAUCAAUUUUUUAGAUAAAGGAAAGAUUACAUA